AUGGCCCCGGUCCCCGCCUGCGAGCGGACAGAGAGCGUGGUUAGCGGCGAGCCCCGCGAGAGGCGCUCCCGACCCAGCCCGUGCUCUUCUGACUCUCCCGCUUCGGAACUUCCCAGCAUCCAGAGGAGGGACCCAAGGCAAGAGAUCACCUCCCGGCGGAGCGGGGGAGGGACAUCUCCUCCCCCCGUCGCCCAGCUUGUCCCCGGCUCCCCUCCGCCGGGGACUAGGCGGCGGCGGCGGCCCGCGAAGGUGGUCUCCCUUUACUGCAAGGACAAAUCCGUUGACGCGCCGCUCCCUCGGCGGGGGUGGUUGCUGGUGAUGUUGCAGAUCAAAGCAGGUAUGGCAGCAGGGAGCAGGAGCUUUCCAGUGGAACACGUCACAAUGGGGAUCUCCUCCAACAAAUGCUACGUGGUUCUCUGUGGGGAAUUUCUGAUCCAGAUGGGGCAGCCACCUGGAGGAUUACAGGAAACCCAGCGCCUGCUGGCAGAACCGGUCCCUGGGAUAAAAGCGGAGCCAGAUGAAAGCAACGCACGUUAUUUUCACGUGGUCAUUGCAGGUCCACAGGAUUCCCCCUUUGAGGGUGGGACAUUUAAACUUGAACUAUUCCUUCCAGAAGAAUAUCCAAUGGCAGCUCCUAAAGUACGUUUCAUGACCAAAAUUUAUCAUCCUAAUGUAGACAAGCUGGGAAGAAUAUGUUUAGAUAUUUUGAAAGAUAAAUGGUCCCCAGCUUUGCAGAUUCGUACAGUUCUGCUAUCAAUCCAGGCUUUGUUAAGCGCUCCCAAUCCAGAUGAUCCACUAGCAAAUGAUGUAGCUGAGCAAUGGAAGACCAAUGAAGCCCAAGCCAUAGAAACAGCCAGAGCAUGGACUAGGCUAUAUGCCAUGAACAAUAUUUAAAUGCGCUUUGAACAUCAAGUGUGCAUCACUUCUCCUGUUCUGCCAAGACCUCUUCCUUUUUUGUUUGCAUUUAAUGGACACAGUCUUAGAAACAUUACAGAAUAAAAGCCCAGACAUCUUCAGUCCCUUGGUGAUUAAAUGCACAUUAGCAAAUCUGUGUCUUGUCCUAAUUCACUAUUGUACCGCAUGAGCAGAGGCUAGAAGUAUCAUCUGGAUUGUUGUGAAAUUGUUUGAAAGCAGCAGCACAUCUCUGCUUUUAAUCAUUUUUCCCAUCAUGGUUUAAGUAUAAGCACUGUGAAUGAAGGUAGGCAGGGUUAGCUGUGGGGCUUUUGUUUUAAUUUUGUGGGCUCCUCCUCCCUUUUUAUGGUGAUGCUAAUCGCAUUGGUAAAAGCAGCUAACCAGUUAUACUUUAGAAUAUACCCUCUAGCCCAGUCUAACGUAGACGCUGUAGAUGGACAAGCUUCAUUGUUUGAACAAAAAAUGGGAACAUUAAACAUCCAUCACCUUCACUAAUAAUAUUGUGAUUCUGCUGUCAAGUGUAGAGAAAUCCCUCCAAGAAAAAGCUUGUGACCAUUUUGUAUGGCUUGUCUGGAAAAUCUCCUGUAAAUCUUAUGUUUUAGUAAAAUAUUUUUUGUUAUUCUACUUUGCCUUUGUACAGUUUAUUUUGCUGUGUUUUCAUUUCUCUAAUGUGACAAUCGUAUUUAAAGAAAAAAAAAUGAAACCAGAAUUGACAAUUUGUCUUCACCAGUCUGACCGAUUAAACAGUAAAGAGGUGGAAUUCACAAGA